AAUGGCGUCGAAGGAUUUAAUGCCCAAAGCCAGUACUUCGAGCCAAGCAGCGGCUCAGCAGGGCUACACUGCAGCUCAGCCAACUCAAGGAAAUGCACAGACCAUCCAGGCCUAUGGGCAGCAAAGUUGUGGGACUUGUGGACAGCCUACUAAUGUCCGCUACACCCAGGCUCAGACAACUGUGAAUGCAUAUGCAGGUUCUUCUGGGCAACCUCCAACUGGUGUAAACCUUCAUGUGACUUUGGAAGUAGACUUCAGAGGCUAUACUGCCCCAACUGCCCCCCAGGCUUACAGUCAGCCUGUCCAAGGGUAUGGAACUGCUGCUUACGAUGCAACCACAGCCACGGUUAUUACCAUCCAGGCGUCUUACGCUGCCCCGUCAGCUUAUGGUACCCAGCCAGCCUACCCUACUUAUGGGCAGCAGCCAGCAACAUCUACACAGGCAAGGUAUCAUAUAAAUGAACAUCAACUAAGUAAAGUUUUUGCUUGUGGGGAGUUAAAUAUAUUUCCCAACAAUGGCAUGCCUCUCUCUGGGUCUCUACACCUCUGUUUUGCUGUUGCUUUGCUAUGCCUCCUGUGGAAGAGUUUGGAUUUAAUGUCUUCCAUCCCCUCAAUAUUGCAUUAAUACAAUAGAACGUGAGUGUUGUUUGAGAAGAUGUGCAUUGUAAAAUUAUAGAUUGAUAUGAUUAGUACUUCAUACUUCUGCCUGUAAAAAUUUCUUAAAAGAGUAUGUUAUUGGAUCAUACAGCAUAUUAAAUAUUAUCUG